GCUGAGCUUGUCUCCAUGGUGACGGUGCUCAGGGGGACCGAGCGUCCGGAACCUCCUGAGAGUCCUGCAUCAGAACCAGGUCAUGGUUCUGAUGGGAUGGAUCCAGCUGGUGUCCAUGACAACAAGGCACUGCUCAGUCGCAUGACCGGAGUUUCACCUAAAGAAUGCAUGAUGGCGGUACAGUUCUGGUCUGGGUCAAAACCUCCAGAACCAUCAGAACCUCUGGACUCCAUGACGGUUAGAAACCACCAGACAAAUGUUCAUCUGACGCUUCAGCAGGAACAUCUGCACAUCUCCUGCUGGUGUCCUGGUUGCCUGGUUGCCCAGUUGCCUGGUUGCCUGGUUGCAAGCAUACCGACCACUUCCUGUCCCGGCAUCAGAAUCAUCAGCAGUUCUAACCAGCUUUCCUUCAUUAAUCAGGGAAACAGGAAGUUCUUCUGCAGGCAGAUGGCGAAGGCAGACCAGCGCUACGGCCAACGGGACGGAUCCGACCAGAACUUUGACUACAUGUUCAAGCUGCUGAUCAUCGGGAACAGCAGCGUCGGGAAGACGUCGUUCCUGUUCCGCUACGCCGACGACUCCUUCAGCAACUCCUUCGUCAGCACCGUCGGCAUCGACUUCAAGGUCAAGACUGUUUACCGCAACGACAAAAGGAUCAAGCUGCAGAUCUGGGACACUGCGGGGCAGGAGCGCUAUCGCACCAUCACCACGGCUUACUACCGAGGAGCCAUGGGCUUCAUCCUCAUGUAUGACAUCACCAACGAGGAGUCGUUCAAUGCGGUCCAGGACUGGGCCACCCAGAUCAAGACGUACUCGUGGGACAACGCCCAGGUCAUCAUGGUGGGCAACAAGUGUGACAUGGAUGAGGAGAGAGUGGUACCACCUGAGAAAGGAAAACACCUGGCAGACCAGCUAGGGUUUGAGUACUAUGAGGCGAGUGCCAAGGAGAACAUCAAUGUGCGUCAGGUUUUUGAGCGCCUGGUAGACAUCAUCUGUGUAAAGAUGUCUGAACGCGUGGACGUGGAGGCACCAGUAGCUCCUGGAUCUAAGACCACCAGACUGACCGACAAGCCUGCCCAGCUACCUCAGAAAUGCUGCUGAUCAUCGGUCCACCUCCCCCAACCCUGAGCUGUAGGUGACAUAAAAAGAUCCGAUAUUCCGACUGUUGAGACAUUCCUCCACACCCGCUCUGCUUCAGUCCACGUUUGUGAGCCGUCAGUUAUCACUCCUGCUGACAUCCAGGAAACCGCUUCGUCCGUGUACCUGAGGCCGGCUGACCGCUGGAGGUCCCGUCCCGCCUUAACCUGUCCGGUCCAUUGGUUCUGCAUUCAAAUGACAGUAGCGAAUCAGUUUAGGACAGCCCACAAUGCCCCCUGCAGACCGUACAGAUGAGUAGCACUUAGUGGCUGCUGUCCUUUCUGUGUCCGCACCUCCAAGGUUUUUGUAUUUCCACUGAACCGCUGGAACGUCCUGAACCCCGAAGCGACCAGAACGUCCAGCUGCAGUUAAAGCCAUGAUGAGGCUGACAGCAGAAAACCUUCUAACACCUGAUGGGCCCAAUGAGCUCCACUCUGCUCAGGAAAACAACGAAGUAGGCCAAACACCGAGAGGUACAACUACAGGUCAAUAUGAGUCACCUGCAUACCUGUCAAGUCUCCUGUUCUGGCUAGCGUUUUUUUACCCACUUUUCCUGUGCCCCCACCCCCGCUCUGACCUCUGACCUCUGACAGUAGCACCGGACAGAGACAUUUCCCAUAUUCUCAACUUAUAAACUUGACAUUAAUGGUCACCAGCUGAACAUUGACUCAUCGUUCAACAAGUCACCUGCCAAGCCACGAAUCCUCGUUAACUCGAGUCGCCUGCUGAACAUUAAACUCAGCACUGAUUAGUCUCCAUCUGACCUCCAGCAUCCAGACUCGUCAUGUGAAGAGAUAUAAAAGUCGAUCCAGACCCGAGUCAGUCCACCGCAGUUUUGCCUGAAGUGGGUCAGAUCAUUCCAGACUGUUCAGCUCAGGAAAGAACAGUUCUGGCCAGUUCAUCCAGUUCGUGGUCCAUCCCGGUCCGGUCCGGUCCGGACGGUUCCUCUCAGCCUGCAGCCGAGCCUCAUGAUGGCGUCACUCUGAAGCUGUUUUUAGUCACUCAUUGGAGCGUGAGGAGGCUCCGCCCCUUUAGCAGGUGUUGUCUUGUAGCCGCCAUGUUUGCAGUGUGUUUCACAUGAUCAGGUGUGUGUGAGUGUUAAAUAUAAUUACCAUGAUAUUAAUAACCUGUCCAGCUGUAAGGGUUCCUCCAUCUCCCCCGUUGAGAAUAAACGAUAAUAUUGUAUUAUUUUAUUUUGAGGUGAAACUGUAAAUGAUAGAGUUAGCGCUAAAUAUACUGUUGUUGAGUAUGAACUUAUUUUUAUGACUUAUUCUGUGAACUUGUUGUCUUACGGUUUGCUCCGUCCGGAGAAGCACAAAGUGAUUGUACAAAAUAUUGUGAAUGUUUGUAUAUUGUAGAUGAUUCUUAGUAUAAUAAAAACCACAGUCUUUCA